ACAGAGAAGGUGGAGUGCAGGCUACAGACAGCUCUGACACAGCGGGGUCCAGGGCUCUGCUUCUUCUCGGCCCGGCGGCUGACUCUAACGGUCCGUGUGCCUCUUCACGAGGUGACCCGCAACCUGGACUACAGAGCAGGGGGAGCAGAGAGGACACAGGAAUGAAAGAGGAAUAAAAGGAGACAGCCAAAGGGUACGAAAAAAAAAGGGAGCGACGUCGCAAACGAGCCACCGAGGAGGAGACAGACCCCGGCCAGACGAGCACGGAUACAGGGAGGCAAAGAGGAGGAGGACUCACAAGGGAAGAACGGCUGAUACACAAGACGAGAGAAGAGCUAUUAUCACCAGGGCAUGGCAGAUGCAGAGCUGGACUUCCAGACAGGUGAUGCCGGGGCAUCCGCCACCUACCCCAUGCAGUGCUCUGCUCUGCGUAAAAAUGGCUUUGUUGUGCUGAAAGGCCGACCCUGCAAGAUCGUUGAGAUGUCCACCUCCAAGACUGGCAAGCACGGCCACGCUAAGGUUCACCUGGUCGGGAUCGACAUCUUCUCUGGAAAGAAAUAUGAAGACAUCUGUCCCUCCACCCACAACAUGGACGUCCCCAACAUCAAGAGAAUGGACUACCAGCUGAUUGGGAUCCAAGAUGGCUACCUGUCCCUGCUCCAGGACAGCGGGGAGGUGAGAGAGGACCUGAAGAUUCCCGAGGGAGACCUGGGCAAAGAGAUAGAGAGCAAGCACGAAGCCGGAGAGGAGAUCCUGAUCACUGUUCUAAAUGCAAUGGAUGAAGAAGCUGCAAUUGGCAUCAAAGCCUUGGGUAAAUAAGCCACUGCAGGGGCAAACGAGAUGCACUGGACCUGGGGGAAAAAGGAGGGGAUAUUGCCUCGUCAAUGCUAUCCUCCCUCUUUUUUCUUUCUUUUCGUCUUUGUUUUUCAUACUCUCUCUCUCCCUCACUCUGUUUUCUGACCCUCCUUUGGGUCCAAUUAGAACUUUAAUAAAUAAUUGGAAACGGUAAACAAACAUUCUCUAUGUACGUGCACACAUCUGAGUCUGGGCGAACAGAUGUAAAUAUAAAAAGGUCAGAGGUGUGGAUGAAGGUCUCGCUAAUGACUGAGUAGGGUUAUGAAUAUUCAGUAGCUGCUCUAUCAGGGAAAAGAAAGGUGGUGAUGUCACAACGGUUUUGUUUUUUACAUGUUCCCCUGUUAUACGAAGGGCUUCAACUUUACAUCUGCAUUUUUCUGUUGAGGCUUGUUCAGUGUGUGCCACAGGGUUGAGUACUAGGUUUGGUGUUUUCUGUGUGGAGAUCUGAACAAGCCCCCCCUGCUGUCCUCAAAGUUGCUCAUUAAACAAGGUUACCAACAUGGCACACCAC